AUGAGACUGGAUCCCCGAGCCCUCUUUCUCGGCGCUUCAUUGCUGCCGGGCGCUCUCGCAUGGGGUAGUCUGGGCCACAUCACCAUCGCCUACAUCGCGAGCAACUUCGUGCAGGACCGCACGACGGCGUACUUCCAGGAGCUGCUGCGCAACGACACCGAGCACUACCUCGCCGGCGUCGCGACGUGGGCCGACAGCAUCCGCUACACGCGAUGGGGCCGCUUCAGCAAGGACUUCCACUUCAUCGACGCCAAGGACGACCCGCCGGCGUAUUGCGGCGUCGACUUCGUCCGCGACUGCAAGGCUGACGGCUGCGUCGUCAGCGCCCUCCAGAACUACACCUCGCAGCUUCUCGACGCCGAGUUGUGGCCCUGGCGUCGGAAUCAGGCCGCCAAGUUCGUAGUCCACUUCGUGGGCGACAUUCACCAGCCGCUGCACGUCGAGAAUGUCGCCCAGGGCGGCAACGGCAUCCACGUGAACUGGGAAGGACAUGAGUUCAACUUGCAUCAUGUGUGGGACUCGAGCAUUGCGGAGAAGAUGCUUGGGGGGAACAGGAGGAAAGCUUAUGAUAACGCGUUUCGAUGGGCUACGGACCUCACGGACGAGAUCAAGUCUGGGAAAUACCAGGCAGAGAGCGCGGCUUGGCUCGACGGGAUGCUCCUCGAUGAUCCUAUCGCGACGUCUAUGGUCUGGGCAAACGAAUCCAACACCUACGUCUGCUCCCACGUCUUCCCAGAGGGACCCACGGCCAUUGCAGGUCAGGAGCUUGCGGGCGAGUACUUCGAGAAAGCGGCGCCUGUCAUUGAAUUGCAGGUCGCGAAGGCAGGCUACCGCCUUGCGGCGUGGCUGGAUCUCAUCGCCGGGAGGAUGUCACGGAGCGAAGAGGAUCUGGGGGAGUUGUAA